UGCCGGUGUUGGAUGUGCGAAGGCGGGGGCCCGCAAUGAAACCGGACGUGUUGUUAUCGUGUAUGUGUUCAGCUCCUCCUCCAAACCCCCCACCUUCCAAAGCUGAACAAACCCCCAAAAAAAGUCCGUUUGCGUAACCACCACACCAUUCAAUUAUUAUUUCAAUUCAAUAAUUUCACUCACCUUACCAUUCACAAUACCUUCCCUUCUAUUUGUUACCACAAUUUUCUGGAUUAUGUCAUUUCAUCUUUCUUUCUCUUUCAUUCAUUUAGGCGAUUGCUCUGAUUUCCUCCUCUCAAACCCAAAUCCCCUCUGUGUGUGAUCUGACAUGGUUGAAGUCUUUCAACCUGAAUCAAACCAUUGAAUCUUGAGAUGGAUUUCUGCUGGUAACUUCAUCAGCAUUCUUCGGAAGCAAUACAACUGUGCUGAUUUAGACUUCAUUCUUGGAAAAUGUUAGAAGGAAACAACCGUAAUGCUGUUUUUCCUAUUUUCGUUGAUCAGAACCCGUUCCAGUAUCAUACUACUGCAUCAAAUCAACUGCAUUUACUCGAAAAUUUACCGGUUGGAUGUAAUAUCGAUCCAGUAAAUUAUUUCAGAAAUGAGCACAACAACCCCUUGCUUCGGCCUAAUAAAAGAGGCAGGGAAUCAGAAGAGAUCUCAAGGAAGCAGAUGCGUCAGAUUUCCUUGAACAACAUCUGUCAUGAUGAAGCUAAGCUAUUACUAUCAAGCAUACCAAACCAAAACCCUGUAUCGACGGGUUUAAGGCUGUCAUGUGAUGAUGAUGAACGCAACUCCUCUGUCACUUCUGCAAGUGAGAAUUUGACGGCAACACCACCAAUCAUCUUAUCUUUUGGUGACACUAUUAGGAAUGAGCUUAAUAGGCAGGAAAAAGAAGUUGAUCAGUAUAUUAAGAUUCAGGAAGAAAAUCUGGCAAAGGGGAUGAGAGACAUAAAUCAGAGACACAUGACAUCUUUCCUGAGUGCUCUAGAGAAAUGCAUCAGUAAGAAGAUACAUGAAAAGGAUCUUGAAAUAGAGAACAUAAACCGCAAGAACAGAGAACUGGCUGAGAGAAUGAAGCAGGCGGCAGUGGAAGCCCAAAACUGGCAGCAUAGAGCAAAAUAUAACGAGUCGGUGGUUGAAGUCCUGAAAAACAACCUCCAGCAGGCAAUUUCACAAGGUGCUGACCAAGGGAAGGAAGGGUUUGGAGACAGUGAAAUCGAUGAUGAUGCUGCUUCAUACAUAAACCCCAACAACCACCUCGGCCUUCAAGGCGGGCCUGGGAAGACUAGUUUCAGGAAGGAUAAUAUGAUUUGCAGAGCAUGCAAGGCCAAGGAGGUCUGCAUCUUGUUGAUGCCUUGUAGACACUUGUGUUUGUGUAAGGAUUGUGAUGGAUUAAUCAAUAUUUGUCUUGUAUGCCAGGAGAUGAAAACUUCUAGUAUCCAGGUCUACUUGUCAUAAAUUAAAUUUCUAACUACUUUAAAAGUUGAAAAGAAAUUAUCCAGUCCACUAUCUAUAUGUUAUUAGUUUAGUCUCUGUACCUAAAAUCAUAAAAUGUAUAUGGGUGGAUGACUUGUUAAAGUUCAAAAAAUGGAGAUGGGAGUAAUUUCCUUUUGUA